GGCGUACCCCAUACCGGUUACAUACGUCGGAGCUCAGACAACCAGGAGAUUACCGCAUCCUUCUUGAACAACGACUAUGGCGACCUCGGCAAAGCCUCAGCAGUUGACGCCGUUCGGCGCCGCGCUUGCUGGUGCGCUUGGAGGGUGUUUCAGCAAUGCGAUUGUCUAUCCGCUAGAUGUUGCGAAGACUCGGAUACAAGCCGCCAACGAGGAAGACUCGAAAGACCAAGCUAAGCUAUCCAUGAAGGCCGUAUUGCUCCGUAUCUGGCAGGAGGAGGGGCUGGCAGGCUACUUCAGGGGUUUCGGAGCCACGAUGUUGAACACGUUCUCCAUGCAAUAUGCAUACUUCUUCUUCUACUCCAUCGUUCGAACAUCUUACCUCAAAAGACUCGCCGCGCGCUCCAAGUCCGGGAAGGCACCGGUCUUAUCUACAGCAGCGGAACUCGCCCUCGGCGCCAUCGCAGGCGCACUCGCCCAGGUAUUCACGAUACCCGUGGCUGUCAUCGCAACUCGACAGCAAAUCGGGCACUCGCUCGACAAACAGAUGAAGCGCAAGCGCGCAGAAGCUGGAGCGGCAGAGAAAGCGCUGGCCGGCGAGGGCAAAGCCUAUGCUCAGGCCGUUGACCCAGACGUUCCGCCCGUCGAGGUUCCGGGUCUUGCUGAGGGCGAGGGCGAGGACGAAGACUAUAGCGACUCCUUCCUUGAUGUUGCUCGCGAAAUUGUUCGCGAAGAAGGCGUUACCGGUCUUUGGCUUGGCCUGAAACCAGGUCUGGUCCUGACUGUUAACCCUGCCAUCACCUAUGGCAUGUUCGAGCGCUUGAAAAACGUGGUGUUGACAGCGAAAGGGCAGGGCGAGAACGCUAAACUCGGGCCGUCGUUAUCGUUCGUCGUAGGCGCACUAAGCAAGACGAUGGCCACUGUCGUCACAUAUCCCUACAUCAUGGCGAAAGUGCGGAUUCAAGCCCGCAGUGCCGAUGCAGAGGCUGCCCAGGAAGAGCACGCGUCCCUGCCGCAUCACAAUCGCCCGCAUCACCCGCACACUCCUGGCCAACAUGGCCACGUCGGCGCCCUCGACAUCUUGGUCCGCGUAUGGAGGCACCAGGGAAUCAAGGGUUGGUAUCAGGGUAUGAGCGCGCAGAUUACGAAGGCAGUGCUCUCUCAGGCUCUGCUGUUCAUGUCGAAAGACUUGUUCGAGCAGUACGCGCUCGCUAUCAUGCUUGUGCUCUACAAACUCAGGCGAUAGGCAUGUAUGCGUUGCGUGUCCGUGAAAGGCAAUCUUAGAUCCGUUUUGA